AUGUGCAGGAAGCAGACCGUCCGAGCCAGUGACGGAAUGGCCGCCGUGGCCCGCGUGGUAGAUCCGAGUCAGGAUGGGAUCCACGGUGGUAUCCAAGCAGGAGAUGGCAGGAUGCAGCCCGAGAGAAGCAUGGCGCACACGGGAGCGGAGACGCCCCGGGGAGGCUACGGCGAGCAGCCCGAGCCGACAGGAAGCAGGGCUCCCGAGGUCGUUGGCGACACGGAUAAAUGA